GAAGGUGAUUCUAGCUAGAGGGCUAAAUUAUUUCUUUUUUUGUGCUGCAUUCUUAUAGCUUGCUUGAAACAAGCUUCAGAAAAGUUUGGAGGGGAUGAGAAGCAGCCAAAGCUUCGUUUGAUUGCUGAUGAGAACAGUGGGGGUUUUCCAAAUGCAAAGAAUAAUGGAAUGACCAAUACACGUUGUGAAAGCAAGCGCGAAAUGAAAGCUCCAAGUUUGGUUUCUAGGCUCAUGGAUUUGGAAUCGAUGCCAGCAGGAUCAGGCAGUAAGCCCCAAAAGGCUUCAGCUUCUGAAACUUGGAGCAAUGUGGCAGACAAACUUGGUGCUCGACCUGGCGAAUCUGAUAAAGAAGAUAUGGAUUUUGAGGUGGCCGAAAUAAAGAGUUUAGAACUGGGUUUGCGAAGGUUUAGAGCUAAAUGUGCUCUCACUUAUCCUACUAGAUAUUUUUCUCCUUUGGAAGAUGAAGCAGAUUUAGUUGGGAAUUCACUUGAUCACCAUAGUUCAGGAUGUGUUCUUGAAGCUGCCUUUUUAACUGACAGCUACCUCUCCAGCAGUCCCAAUAGUAGCUCAAAGGACAAAGUGCUUGUUGAAUCAGUGGACUCUAUUGAUGAUGAACCACUCUUUCCAGAACCUGAUAGAGAUCUUUCGGAUUGUGAGACCUCAUUAUCCACCAGGAGGAGGAGUUGCAGAGAACUGAUCACAGACCAUUUUAUAACGUUUCUGGAGUGCUAAGCAAGAUUGAUCAGUUAAAAGGAAGAAAACUCAGUUAC